AUGGAUUUGAAAAAAAAUCUACCUCAUAUUAAAGUAAGUGAGCAAAAGGAAUAUGAUAAAGAACAAAAUCAAAUUAACAAUGAUGAGACAGAACAAAUAAAUGAUGACUUACUAGCUGUAAUAGAAGAGACAAUAUCUGCAGCAAGUAAUGGAAAAGUACAAGAGAGAAUCAUAAAUAUUUAA